AUGCACAAACUACCUACAGAAAUACUUCUGCUCAUAUUCAGGAGUUUGAGGUUGUCAGACCUGAGCAGGGCAUCGAGAUGCUGCCGAUUUUUCCACGCUCUUGCCACGCCCGAGCUUUUCGGAACCUUGCGAAUCCGGAUGAAGUCCCAUACCUCGGACCGGCAGAUAAUCAAGCUUCUCAGCACCUUCAUGCAGCCCUCGUAUUUGCAUCGAUUACUACAGCGCAUUGAAGUAGUGGUCGAUGACGACCGCCUAUGGACGCGCGAGAACUCGUUGUUUUUGGGCAUCUCGCUGAGGCACAUCUUGGACCGAUCAGGUGUUCCGGAAGGCAUUCGGUCGUACAGAUGGAGUGCCGCCUACCCCUUCACCGGAGUCGUCUUCCCCAAUUUGCAGCGGCUCGACUGUGGAGCUGUCGGCCCACAAAGCAUCGAGUGGGUGCGAUGGCACUUGAACCACUGCGCCUCGCUGGCGGAAGUCCAGUUAUCGUUUACGCUGUCAUGCAACCUAACCCAGUCGAGGGCCUCGGCGCUUCUUAAUCGCGCUAACUUCAGCGGACUCAAACGACUCAGUUUGACGUUUAUCAACGUGGCCCUGUUCGAUCCAAAGAAGGCACAUGCGCUGACAACACUCGACCUAAGAUACUGUCCCGGGGCCGAAUCCUUCUGCCAAAGACUUGCCGUCGCUUUGCCGCCCGACUUGAGGGAGUUGCGAAUCUUGGCGUAUGCGGAAUCAGGGCGGCCGGAUAACUUCACUGCGUGGCUAAGAUCAGCACGUAACGUCCAGCACGUCGCCCUCUGCAUCGGUGGCCUAUCGGAUAUCAUCCCAUUCGAGCAAGUGAGGGGCCACAGGUCGACGCUUCGGACCCUAGUCCUAGACCCCCGGCGGAAUCUGUUGGACCCCUCCUCGGUUCUCAAAUACAGACCUGCCGAUCUCCGAGAAAUCGUCGAACAAUGCAUCUCACUCCGAACGUUAGGCCUGCCUCUGGAUUUGCGCGACUAUCAGUUCCAGUUCCGAUACACCCGGUCGCACCAGAUCUGCGCCGCAGCGCAGUCGUAUCGAUGCCAAACACCUCGCUCGGCGCUUCCUCCUCAAACAGUGCAGCGUAAGGGUUUUGAUAGGGCACGGAAGAGGGAUCAAUGCGUUUACCACGACGGACGGCCGGACGAUUGUUUCUACCAGAUUGUCGAGGAAAGAGCAAUUCCAGCUUUGUGCAGAAUAAGGCCUACCGAGGGUUUUUGA